AUGUGGAGCAGUUCAAGUGAAAAGGGCAACACAGAUUUAUGGGGCAUCACGGAUAAAAGGGGCAACACAGAUAUAUUGGGCAACACAGAUAUGUGGAGCAGUUCAAGUGAAAGGGGCAACACAGAUAUAUGGGGCAUCACGGAUAAAAGGGGCAACACAGAUAUAUUGGGCAACACAGAUAUGUGGAGCAGUUCAAGUGAAAGGGGCAACACAGAUAUAUGGGGCAAAACAAAUAUAUUAAGUAUCACAGAUAUAGGAGGCAAUACAAAUAUAUGGGGCAUCAAAGAUAUGUGGGGAAAGUUAGUAUAUGGAACAGCAAACAUAUAAGGAGCAACACAGAUAUGUGGGCAACAGAUAUAUGAGAGCACCACAAAUAUAUAAAACAACACAGGUAUGUGGUCCAACACAGAUGUGAAAGAUAUUAUGUAGUACAGAAAUUAUCACUAAGCAUCGUGAAGGCCACAUGCAUGUUAUUAUCAUGAAAUUAUACAUGUUGUUGAAAGGUAUUGUAAAUAGAUAUUAUUGUUGCUAAUAACUUGAGAUGAAAUCAAAUUGUGUACACUGAAGUAUUGCUACCCAUAUAUAUACUGUAGGUUCAUUUCUGCUCAGAAGUGUCCACUGCAUGCUUGCAGUCAUUUAACAUUGCAAAAAUUGGCAUAGUAUUCAUUCAGUAUUUGAAUAGAAUAAGGGUUCAAUAAUUAUAUUCAAUAUUUGAAUUUACUUUAUAAAUCAUGUAUACAAAUGUUCAAUAGGCAAUAUUUUCUUUGCUU